CGCAUGUUAAUUUAGUUAGUCUGGUUAAUUUCGCAUCAUUUAAAAUAAUUCCGCAACGCUGUUCGACUUAGAAAAUACAUGAAAAGCAAAUAUAUUUAUGGCAGGCAAUUGGCAGAUGUGGUGCCGACUGUGCGCCAACGAUGACAUCCAAAACAAUAUGGAUGUGGUGGUGAAAAGUAUGAACGAGUCGAAGUUAACGGGCGUAGGAUACAUAGCCAUGGCCAUAAGCAAAAUCUUUUGGGUGAAUAUAACUCCAGGCGAGGGUCUGCCGGAGAUGAUUUGCUCAGAGUGCCUUACCCUGAUCAAAACGUUGGUGGAAUUGUCGAAGCAUGUAUCCAAGGUGCAAAAAAUGUAUGGUCAACUGUUGAGCACGCCCCAGCUGAAUGAAAUGGAUGUGCGAGAAGUGCGCAACAAAUUUUUUGUUCUGGGCAAUGAGCAAGACUCGCUGCUGCCUGAUGUCCACCAUUUGGAAGAUGGGGAACUACAAAUGAAUGGACAGCGGCAGAGCAGGCUGGAGGAAGAUCCACUUGUGGCUUGCGUGCAGAAGGAAAAAGAAACUAACGUGGAAGAAGUUGCUGAAGACACAGCCAGCGAGAAGGGCAGCCUUUUAAAGAGCAGUGAAGAGAAGCGCUUAACCAAAUGUGUAUCAUCUAAGGAUAAACCGAAAAAGAUCGAGAGGAAGCUGCUCUGCACAAAGUGUGAUAAGACAUUCGGUACACGGGUGGGACUCCAGCGUCACAUGCAGUGCCAUGUGGCCAUAACCCAACGCAAAAUGUAUCCGUGCGAGACUUGUGACAUGAAAUUCGUGAGCAACUCUUACCUGUGGCAGCAUGUUCGGCAUGUGCACCAGAAUGUGCGUCCACUACCCAUUAUCUGCGAACAGUGCGGCACAGGCGUGCUGUCGAAUGCCGCACUCAAGGAUCACAUGUUGGUCCAUACGGAAUACGCGCCCCACGAGUGCGAUAUUUGCCAGAAAUGCUUUAAGAGCGAAAGAUGUCUAAGGCAGCACAAAGAAACACACGACUCUCGGCCCACGCCCAAUCGACCCAUCCGUACGGAUCAAAUGCAGCAGAAAUGCGACUAUUGUGGACGGGAAUUCAAGCGUGACAAUGCCCUGAAGUGUCAUUUGAUACUACACACUGGCCAGAAGCCAUAUUCCUGCGACUUUUGCAAUCGCACCUUUGCCAGUGGGUCUAAUUGUUGCAGACACAAGAAGAGAGUGCAUCCAGUCGAGCUGGCCGCACAGAAAGCGGCCGGCGCCGCCAGAACCUACAGUCGGGAUCUACCAAAGCUGGAAGACCUCAAAGCAUUCAUCAGAAAUAAGGAGAAUCUUUUGCCGAUGGCCCCCAAACAAAGUGCAUGCUUGGCCGCCAACAGAAACCCCAAUAAGCCUGCAGUGGUAUCCGAAGCUGCUCCCCAAUAAUCCAAUGCCUAAUCCUUCGCAACACAUUCACAGUCAGUCCGUGGGAGAAAUGAUUGGUUGGCGCGCAAUUUUGAAUUAUUUUGACUAAUCUUGGCAUAUGGAGUUCGGGACGCUGCAUCCAUCCACUGCGCAUGUCCUGUGUAUGUCAAAGGCUGGCCCACUCUCGACCACCCCCUGACAAAGUAGCCAAUAUACUGCCUUAUAAAGGAAUUUAGUUCAGUUGACAGCGUGCGCUCCCUCGUGUCUGCUCUCUGGCUUGGGAUUGUUUAAUUUUAAAGCCUGAACCUAACAUGUAGAAUUACCAAAUUAUUAAUUAAAAACUAUGUGUAUUUGUUUUAUACACGCUUUGGGCGUCGCAA